AUUAUCUUCCUGAGGUAAAUCCUUUUCAAUCUGAUCCGUGUUUGCGAUGGACUAACCAUCUUGGGAAAGCUUGCAAGAAGGUAGGUCAAAUCAUCUUGGGACCUCCUGGGUGGUUUGAAACCCCGGAUAAAAGGAUUCCUUUGUCUGAGGAACACUUAACGCAUCUACAGGAGAUUGACUGGACCAGCGCCCAGGGACGAAAAUCACCUAAAGCAGACUGACACUGGUGCCCCCCCCCCCCCACCUACGUAGAGCGGAGGAGGAAGAUAAGGGUGAUCAAAGCAUCUGGCCCCAUCUGGCAUGGAGACAAGGGGUCUAGCUUGAUUAAGCAGCUCAAGGAUGGAUGACUGAGGCUCUUGGCAGAGACAACAGGUCCUCUGUGCGUUCUUUGUAAAACUGUCUUUUGUGUUAACGUGUUUGUGAGGAACAGAAGUUGUCUUGGAGAGUGGGGCGAUUGGUGUUUGUUAUUGACAUGCAUUACGCUGGCUCGCAAUCUACCACAAAUGACCGGCCCUCAUGGUGCACAUUCCACUCAAAGUAAAACUCAGAAGGACUUUCCCUUGAGAAGAGAAAACUUCCGCAACAGCCAAAGAUGGCGAGAUCCGUCCAUCCAUUAGAAGUGUCUCUGUCCUCAGGAUACACCCGCCGGACAGGCCUGUUCACAAGGCACAUCCUCCCUUCCUUCCCAUUCCUCUCUUUGCUCCUCCACUGUCUCCUGUCCUUCUCUACAGUGGGAGGUAGUGUGCCAGGGUUAGAGUAUGACUAUGGCAUCAGCCCCAAAUUUGUCUGCACCCCAAUCCCACCGGAAGCAGACCCCAGCUGUUUUACACCGGGCGGGCCAGCACACGGGACAGCACACGGGACAGCACACGGGACAGCACACGGGCCCAGCAGUAACGGCCAUGGUAACGGCCACAGUAACGGGCACCACAGUCCUGUGGGAGGGGCUGCUAAUGGCGGCACACGGAGAGUUAUGUCGGACGAGGCUAAAUCCACCAUCUUGCACCUGCGGGAGAGCCUGGUGCGGCAGAAGGAGACCAUUUUGGACCAGAGGGAGACUAUCCGAGAGCUGACGGCCAAGCUCACUCUCUGCGAGGGCUUUGGUCGUGGGGUUGGUCACCACGACGACCACGAGGACCAUCAUGGGCCAUCGUCGCACCACAGCUCGCACCACCCGGGCUCCUCUCACCACUCCUACCAUGACACCGACCACCACACGGACUCCCACUACCCCCAUAAUGGCCACCGGCCAGACCCACACCACCGGGGGACGGGGUCCUAUAGUGGGAGCAAACAUGGGGCGUUUUCUGCUGAGCAGACAGGAAAGACCCUCCAGACCCUGAAGGAGAGGCUGGAGAACUUGCAGGCCAGGAACUCCUCUAGCUCCUACUCCAGCUCACUAAGGGACCUGCUCCAGAGAAAGAUUAAUGCUCUGGAGGAACAACUACACAAUCACCAUGGGGGAAACCAUGGCCCUGGUCACCAUGACGAUCACCAUGACAACCAUGGUAAUGGUCACCAUGACGACCAUCACGAUGACCACCAUGAUGAUCAUGAUGACGAUCACCAUGAUGAUCACCACGAUGACCAUCAUGAUGAUCACCACGAUGACCAUCAUGACGAUCACCACGACGAUCAUCAUGACGAUCAUCAUGGCGACCGACACCAUGAUCGCCACCAUGAUCGCCACCAUGAUCGUCACAAUAGUCACCAUGACGACUAUCACUAUGAUCGGCACUAUGACCGCCAUUAUGACCGUAGCCACAGCCGUCAUGACAAUCACCACGAUGAUCACCAUGGCCCUGGUCACCACGAAGACCACCAUGCCACUGGUCACCAUGACGACCACCAUGGUCCCGGUCACCACGACGACCAGCAAGGACCUGGCCACCACGAUGACCAUCACGAUGACCACCAUGGCAGUGACCAUGGCCCUGGUCACCAUGAUGAUCAUCACGAUGAUCACCGUGACAAUGGUGGACACCAUGGUAGUGACACAGACCAUCACCCCAGACCUCCCUAUGGCAGCAAACCUGUUCCAGCCAGACCUCCUGUCCGUGGGGGAGUGGGCCAUGCCAAACUGGACACGGUCUUCAGUCACCUGCACAACAGGAACACUGAGCCUGGUGGCCGCAAGAAGCCGAAGAGUCCAGACGCCUUCCAGAUCGGCUUCCCCAUGAGGACCAACUACAUGUACGGAAGGGUGAAGAGGACCCUGCUCAACGAGAUCUUUGCCCUGACCGUCUGCCUGUGGCUGAAGGGCGGCUCUGGCCCGGGUCUGGGCACACCCUUCUCCUACUCCGUACCUGGCCAGGCCAACGAGCUAGUGCUGAUUGAAUGGGGCAACAACCCCAUGGAGCUCCUGAUCAAUGACAAGGCUGUGACGCUGCCCAUCUCUCUGACGGAUGGGAAGUGGCACCACCUGUGCAUCACCUGGACAACGAGGGAUGGCCUGUGGGAAGCCUACCAGGAUGGGGUGAAGAGGGGGUCAGGGGAGAACCUCUCAGCCUGGCACCCCAUCAAGCCUGGAGGGGUCUUCAUCCUCGGGCAAGAGCAGGACACGCUGGGUGGACGCUUUGAUGCUACUCAGUCCUUUGUGGGAGAGAUGUCUGACCUUCAAUUCUGGUCACGGGUUCUGACGCACAAUGAGAUCUUCAGUCAGGCCAGUUGUGGAGGUCACCUGACCGGUGAUAUCAUCACAUGGACAGAGGCUGUAGUGGAGUUACAUGGUGGGGUUACCAAGUACCCCUUUGACCCUUGCCACUAAGAACUAAUACCCUGCCAUUCUACCAGGAAGAACUGGAGACGCCCUAUACUGCCACCAUAAACUUACUCUGACUUUGCCCACCUCUGCCGAGUACCCUGGCGUCUACAGGAUGACUAAGUUGGCCAAUAAGGGCUCUGCACAGCCCAUUGCGAGGACGAUAGUCGGCCCUUAGUAACCGAGAAGGUGCCGGCCCUCCGCCACAGCAGCGUGGAGUCGGUUUUUCUUUCUUGCUAUUCCCUUUCCUUUCCUUUUUGUUCUCCUCCCUCUCUCCAUCUCUUGCUCCUACCUCCCUCCACCCCUCUUUCCUCUCCUCCCUUACUGCCAAGCACGGCAGAGGCAGUGUGGACCAACCAAGCGAAGGCCGAUUUCAAUGUUGUUGUCAAGACUGCUGCCACCAUAGGCAGGUAAUAGGAUUCACCAUCUUAAAACGGAUCCCUCUAUACCCAGGCAUUAGCAAGACUAUUCAUUAGCUAUGCUGACACUUCACACCAGGAUGUAAGGGUGACGUCUAGAUGAAGAAUGCAAUACCUUUCAAAUGAAAAACAGCCCGGAGGGGACUACUGGUCUCUUAACCUGACUGCACCCACCAUAAGAACACAAUACACUUUACAAAUGUUUUGAGUGUUGAAUGUGAGAGGAGACUAUGAAAGGCUUUUUUUUUGGGGGGGGGGGGGGGGUUAUAUACAGAAGCAUGUGGGCUGUUGUUCAGAAACGGGUUGGUUUUAGGACUCAAAGUUCCCAAGUCCGUCCUGGAGAGGGGCCAGCACUGCUCUACUUUGCACACAGAGAUUUUAGAGGCCUAUUUUCUACUUAAUGUAUCUGCACACUUAUAAAGUUGCCGUUGCUUCACCCGAGUUAUCAUAACAAAUGUCGUUCUGUAGUUGCUUUGCAAAUAGCUGCCGGUGCUUUGGUCUGACAGUUUUCUAAAUACAGUGGGGAAAAAACAUUGUAUUUAUUUUUUGUAUGGACAUACUGUGUUUUAUUAAUUUACAUAUAGAUGAUGUUGGGGGAUAGGCCAUUUUUGAGAUGUCAUUUCUUGUUGCAAUGCGACAAAUCUUCUGUCAGUGUAACGGCGGCUGAAGGUAUCUUUAUGCAAGAGCACGGUUAACAUUGUCAGGUGUGACAUCAUGUGGGCCGAAGUCCUCAUAAAUACAGGUUGACUACCGUAGCUGUCAGGAGGUCCAGGACCUCUCCACUGACCUCUCCAUGGUAACCGGUGGCUUAUGGUGGGAUUUAGCUGGCAAGCUUUGAUCCAGACUAUUCCUGUGCUGUCAGUCUCCUGCCCCUGCUUUACACACACACUGAAUCCAACCAUCACAUGCACACACAUACACACUCUCACAUGCACUCAAGUCUGUUUGGACACAUGCACAGAAACACACACUCUGCUGGUAUUUGACUGUAAAUGUCUUUAAAGCACUUAGUAGUUCCACUAUUGAAGGAUGUUUUUUUGUUCACAUUGUUGAAAUGUAAUUGCAUUUUUGUAUACAUGUCAAGAUGGUUACUAAACAUCAAAAGAUACACUGAUUAUUUACAAAAAAAAUUAAAAAAAAUUAAAUAACUUUUAUAGAAAUGUAAAUAUACAUUUUAGUCUAAAGUUUAGCCUAUUACGUAUGUCAAUUCCAUUUUGCUAUUCACCCUCCCCCAUCCACCCUGACAAUGUAUGAAGCUUGGACUGUUUCGAUCAUCCUGAAGUCAUUACACCGAAGAUGGAAGUAAAAAAUGUUGUUGCCAUGGUGAUAGCUAAAAGACUUUCGGGUGGACAUGUUCCCUGACUGCAAACAAUGGUUUCAAAACAUCUGCAAUAUACGCUAGUUUCUUAGUGAAUGUACCGUUAAUGGAAAGGCUUUGCGGUAUACAAUAUUAGCUGUGUGUAGUGUCUGAAAAUACUUUGAGUUGGAUGCCAAGAUGAGCCCUGAAAAAUUAAUUCUUCUCUUGUCCUCUUCUGAUAGUGGGCCAAAUGGAUGACACUUUUCAUUUACAUUUUUAUGUAAAACAUAAUACCUUCUUAAAAUGUAAUGUCAAAAUGCUUACAAUGGAACCAUAACAUGUAGAGAUGGUUGUUGCCAUCCUAAUGACAGUUGUACAAACGUUAGAUACCUGUUGAGUGUAUUUUUGCUUAUCCCGCCUUUGGUGUAAAUCUGACCACUAUGUUCAGACAUAUUCAAUAGUUUUGUUCUUAUACUUUUCUUUCAGUACCUUUGUUGUAACCAUUGUUCCUUUUCCCUUCAUUAACUGAAGUGUGUUUAUCUGGUUGACAGUCCCUUCCCUGUGUGUAAGCCAAAAUUGUAUGCUGAAUUUUAAAACUUGAAAGAGUAAGAAAUGCACUAAAGAAUGUAAAAUACUUGUAAAUAAGUCAAUAUUUUUAAUAAAACUAUUGCAGAAUU